CCACAAGCCUCUCCAUUAUCAACAAAAUCUCCUUUUCCCGCUCCCUUUGUUUAGCCUCCCAUUUUCUGCCUCCUGUACUGAAAAAAAAUGGCCUCCCUCGCCUCCCUUGCCUCAGUCAGCACCUCCGUCGUCUUCAGUCAGCCGGGCACCGGCAUCCGCUCUCUCCCCAACGUGGGUCAGGCCCUGUUUGGCCUUAAACCCCUGAGAGGAGGACGUCUCGUCAUGUCUGCUUACAAAGUCAAGCUCAUUACUCCCGAUGGCCCCCAGGAAUUCGAGUGCCCGGAUGAUGUUUACAUUCUCGACCACGCCGAGGAGCUCGGUAUUGACCUGCCAUACUCUUGCAGGGCGGGUUCUUGCUCUUCCUGCGCCGGAAAGGUCGUUUCGGGCCAAGUAGACCAGUCGGACGGCAGCUUCCUUGACGAUGAGCAGAUGGAAGGUGGUUGGGUUCUGACCUGUGUGGCUUUCCCUCAGAGUGAUGUUGUCAUUGAGACACACAAGGAGGAGGAACUCACUGCUUAAGCAAAGGACGACCAUGUUCAUCUUAUGUUCGCAAUUCUAUAUAUGUUGUUUUGCUGGUUGGAUUAGUCUGGUUAAGAAAUGUUAAUGUUGUAAUUCUGAAUUGAGUUAUUUUUAAGGUUUUUGUUUCAUUUGCUGUCACAAAUGAAAUUGUUGUACCAAAUAAUAAAUCUUACGCUUUUCU